UGAAAAAGCAAAGAGAGAAAUUUUCAACACACACACAGUUCAGUUCUGUUGGUGAGAAGAGGCAGUAAAACUGUGUACCGUUAUAUCCUCGCAUCGGGUUCGUGUGUAUGUGUGAGUGUGCACGGAGUACAUAUGUAAUAGGGCCAUGAAGUUUUAUUGAAAACCAGAGCAGAGACAAGGAAGGGUAAAGGCAGGAAUAUCGGGAAUCCAUUCCGCCCCUUCCGAAUGCACCCAUAUUGGUAUUGAAAACGGGCAGAAGGCAGUGAAAAAUGUUUCAUGCGAAAACUGUGCCCAUGUGGGCCAUGUUGAUGGGAGACACCCAUUUGGUAACGUGCAGCUGCUGCGGAUGAAUGCAGCAGGAAAAUCCCCCGCAAGCAUCCGUCAAGUCAAGCAGGAAUCAAGAAAAUAGGAUAUGGAGCUAACCUACAUUACCAAAAAAAAAAUCUCUAUGGUGUACCACUAAAAACAAAAACAACGGGCAACGCUCCCGAAUUGCUGCCGUGAAGGUGGAGUGGUGUGAAGAGAAGAGGAGUGGAGCGGAGAGGAGAGGAGACGAGAGGAGAGGUGUUCGCAAAAGCGAAAAAGCAAAGAGAAAAACGGGCCAGUGUGUGCGAGCGUGAGCGUAAAGCCCGUGGGUGUGUGUAAAAGGUGUAAAAAAUGUACAUUUUGUGAAUUGGCCACAUAAAAAACGAGUAACGAGUGUAGCGCCAAAGCCAAACGUUAUAUUUAGCCGCCGAACGCAGCAUUAUUCGACCUACUAACGCAGCACCAUAGCUCGGUAGUUGUUGUUGCAUUCGCAUUGCCACUCCAAAAUGCACAAAGAUCCCGAUCUCGGCAUCGACAGUAGCUUCAGCCACAAACUAAUAAUCACCAGCAAAAGUGCUGAUAACGGUGAAAAGUGGCAAUAAUAUCGAAUAAAUUAAUACAAAGAAGGGCUUGGCCAGGCGGAAAAAGGAAAAGUGAAUAGCCGGAAAAGUGAAAUAAGUGCAGAGCCAGCCAAGUGCAAAGCUUGCGGCACAUCGAGUCCUGCCACUGCGAAAGCGAUUACCAGUGCCAGUGCCAGUGCAAGUGUGUUAGUGCGCGAGUGUCCCGAGAAGCCACAACGUCGUCCUCCAAACCAACGACGUCGUCUGCUGCCGCUGCCGCCGCCGCCGCCGCUGCACGCCAGAGCCCACCCACAGGAGCAGGAGCGGGAGCUGCUGCAGGGAGCAAUCAAAGGAGCGGCGGACGCAGCGGCCAGCGACGUCGCAGUAGCAGCAGUAAUCCCCACGGCGGCACAACGAAAGCGACUAGCGGCAGCGGUGGAGCUGGCAGCGCCGGCGGAGGCGGUGGCGGCGGGGGCGGCGUCAAGCAGAGCGUCAGUCGCAACAGCAACAUACGGAGCAGCAGCUCCAACAGCACCAUGGCCUCGGCCAAUCAUCGGAGCGGGCGCGGCGGCGGGGCCGUGGCCGGCGCUGGCGACGGCAACGCCAUCGUGGGCCUCCAAAUCGGCUCAGCGUGGUUUCAGCGCAAAAUCAAUCUAAGGCCGCAGCACCGCGGCGUCCAUCUGGUGACCGAGGAGAUCCUCAGACAGAUGCCGGAGCUGGCGCACUUCUCCGUGGGACUUUGUCAUAUGCAGAUUCUUCACACCUCGGCGAGUUUGGCGUUAAACGAAAGCUGGGAUCCAGACGUCAGAGACGAUAUGGAGAUGAUGUUGAACAAAAUAGUUCCCGAAGGCUUGCCCUACAGACACUCGUGCGAGGGACCCGACGACAUGCCCGCACACGUGAAGGCCUGCUUCCUGGGCAGCUCACUGACAAUCCCCAUUACGGACGGCAAGCUCUCGCUGGGCACGUGGCAGGGCGUCUGGCUGUGCGAGCACCGCGACCAGGCCGGCUCCCGCAAGCUGGUGAUCACGCUGACAGGCUGCCCGCGCGAGCAGGCCCGCAGCCCGCUGUCACCCGUCUCGCCCAUCGCCAGCACGUCCAGUUAGGGGCGGCCUCGCUCCACCCGCGACAGCCGGUAAUCGCGGGGGAGCGACAAUAAUGACAUCAUUUCGUCGAGGAGGUUGAUACUACAAAAGAAUUUAGCUAAGGCAACGGCACAGCAGAGGGCGGCGGCCGUCAUAGCCGCCGGCCGCGGAUUGGGGGGAGGCGCGGGCGCACCACCGAACGUGCCUGGCUUUGAGACGAAGACGAGCCGCCUGCUGCUCCGGCAGCAGCUCCACCUCAAUCUCAAUUUGAAUGUGCAGGAGACGUUGCAGGAUGGCGUUGAUAUUGAUGAUGUUGAUGAGGACGUCUGCGAUGACGAUGAGGCUGAGGCUGAGUUCCGCGUGGAAGAGGAGGAUGAAGAGGAGGAGGAGGAGUCUCAGUCCGUCAGCUCAGUAGUCGUCGCGGAUAACGCUCAGGGCAGUGGGCGUUGCCAUCGUGCUGGUGAUAAUCUACGAACCGUCACAACAGUGCCUCAACUUAACGAACAACCUACAACUAAGAUCACCGCAACCAGAACACCAUCGGCAGCAUCCAGUUCAUCGGCAGCCGCAGCAUCAAGUGCAUUAGCUAAAUUCAACCGCAUCAUCGACUCAACCCUGGAGAGGGCCCCAGCGGCAGCGGCGGCAGUGACAACGCUGCCCCAGCUGAGCAGUGCCACACUGCAGCAGCGCUUCAAUUUGGCCUAUCCAGAGUUGAUUCCCCAACAGCAGCAGCAGCAGCAGCAGCCGCAACAACAGCAGCAGCAGCAACAUCAGCAGCAGCAGCAACAUGAUGCGAUCAGGAAGAUCAACACCCUCAAGGGGACACCAAGAUUAGAUCGUGGCUCAGGCGCCGUUGCCAGCACUCCAUUAACAUUUGCAGCACACAGAUCGAUAGCAACGGCGCAGGAGGAAGAACAAGAAGCUGGAGAGGUAGCAGAACUAGAACCAGAAUCAGGAGAGGAAGAGGAAGAGGAGGAUAACGAAGCAGUCGCCCUUAACGAUGAUCAUCCCCACCACGACGAGGAUAAUCAAAUGAAACGAAAUGAUGUGCAUUAUUUGUUGAAACAGUUAAAUAGUUUUAGUGAUAUAGAAGAAAUAGAAAUUGUUGAUAUGAAGCAAAGACAACAGCGUCCGCCUCCGCGUCCACGUCCACCCAUGGCGUCGAGCUCGCUGAUAAUGAUGCCGCCAUCGCCGCCAUCACCAUCCACGCAGUCGCACAAGCAGAGCCAGCGCUUUGCCUCUGGCGGGCACAACUCCAGUGCCGCCAGCUCGGUGCGGCUGCAGCAGUUCGACGACUAUCUGUUCGAGUCCUGCCACUACCUGGAGACAAACUACUUUGCCGCUACCUAUCGCACUGCCAUGGUCGAGAGCAGCUCGCACGAGUUCCGGCCCUCGACCAACAGCAGCUCAAACAGCUUUGAGCUGCACGAGAUGGAGCCGCCCAGUGUCAUCUGCAAGGCGGGUGCCCCCCUGGCCGCGACUCCGCCGCCCCUGUACCAGUACCAGUACCAGGCGGAGACGCGGCUGACCACCAGUGGCGUGCAGACGGAGCUGACCGUGGAGUCGCUGGCCAAGCUAAGCAACAGCGCCAGCGCCAGCAGCAGCUCGUCCAGCGCGCGGGCGCCCCCCUUCUUCAGGUGCUGCUACACGCCCAUCGACCGUUGGCGGGAGCGUCGACUGGUGGCGCGCCAGCAGAAGACCUCCGCCCCCUCGAAGAACGGGCAGGCGAGUCAGAGUCAGAGUCAGAGCCACCCCGUCUGACACUGGGCCAGGCUCUAGUUCAGAGAUUGAGAUUCAACAUGUG